UUCCUGUGCGUUUGUAUAAAGCACAAACUCUAGAAAGCUCAUUGCGAUGGCGCAACGUCGUCGCGCGGCUCGCGUGUGCCGCAGAUCAUACCGCAUUGCUUGCAAUGUGUGUAUAGUUAUUCCCGCUUCCUUACUACAACGUACACUCAGUUCGUACUGAAUAGAAAAGGGGGAUACGAGUUAAAACGACAGAAAAAAGAGACAGAAAGCUAAAGCAAAAGGGAUCCUUUCGCAGCUUCAUAAUAUUUUCAUUAAAAAAAAAAAAAAAAUCUCAAAAACAAUAUACAUGAAUUAUUCGACAUGACGCUUAUUCAACUCAAAUACAAUACACGAUCUGUAUUACAGUUGGAAAUUUUCUCUCAUCCUCCCUAAAUGUAUAACUGGAGGAAAAAGGCAAUAAACGUGCAACGAUUUUUUUUUUUUUUUUGCAAAAAAAGGAAUCUCACCUAUUAUUCUGAAGGUAUUCACAUUGUCAGAAAUCAUGAAUAUCCGUCGACUGCCUGGCUUCAUGUAUCACUAUAAGAUCGUCGCUAUUUUAAUGUUAACGUUCCUUUUUUUAAUUGUUUAUCUCCUCAUUUAUUGGGGUAUAAUGUGCACAAAUCUUCAAGCCUGGCGUCACGUGUCAAACGUUUGCAGAAGGCACAACUCUGGAAAUGCUGUGGGAAUUCUCUGCUCUCCUCUGUGUAACAGACAAGGAAUACAUUCCCUUGUUUGCGAAACUUUACAUGCGGGAAAAGAGGCUGUUUUUUCAGCUCACUGGGAAAGCACCAAAUUAGUUUUUAAAGCUGCAAGAACGGAAAUAACAAUUGAACAAGCAGAAUCACUUUUAUGGGAGGACGCAAACGGUUUCAAGCAUUAUCCAUCGGAAACGGAAUUUGCCAGUAUGAUGAAGGAUGUGGUGUUCAAUAAAUUAAAUUACACAAUGUCAACACAUCAACUUGAAAGAUUGUCACGUCUUCGAACGAGCAAAAUUGAAACUGAAACUGAAAAACGACAAUUGGAAAUGGAGAAUGUCUGGCCAUUAGUACAAGAACAAGAAUAUAUUAUGACAAUUUUAUUCGAGGAUAGAGAUGUAUUUCCACAAUUAAUUGGUACAUGCGGCACAUUUUACGCUGUCGAAUAUAUUAGACCAAUUGAAACGCCAACCACGGUAUUGGCAUUAUCCGAUUCAAUGCCAGAAUGGUCGAAACGAGUAAAAUUAGCCGUUAUGAUACUUGAUCUUUUGCAAGAUUUGCAAACAGUAUUUACCGAACCAUUUCAUCUAUGUGAUGUGAAAAUCAAUCAUUUCGGUCUACCACCAGGUGGACAGAAAUUGAAAUUUCUCGAUCUCGAUGCUGUGUUUCCAAAAUCGGUAUUAAAUAAAAUAAUUAACAAUAAUAAAGAAUGUGAAAGAAAUGAGGACUGCGAUUAUUUCGAUUGCAGAUCGAUCUGCUCGAAAAAUAAACGCUGCGAAUCACCAGUGGCUAAUAAUAAUUUACAAAUAGUUUGUGAAAAGAUUUUUCUCGGUUGGACAAUUUCGGGAACAAUUAUAAUUCCAGGAUUAUUAAUGUCUGAGCAUACUAGCGAUUCAUUGGCUAUUCUUUUGAGGCAAUGUGCAAAUCCAAAUGGAGAUAUGUCACAAUUGGCUCGAGCUGCUGCUCCAGAAAAUUUAAAAUCACGUUUAUAUACUAUGUUAAGUGAUAUAGAUAAGGAAUUAUCUUCUUCCUAGUAGAGUGUAAAUUUUUUUUUUAUCGAGAGUCGUGAGAAAUUUAUUCAAUUUGGUGCAAUUUAAGAAAGAAAAAAUUGGUCGAAAAUAAAUUUUGUUGAUAUUUUGUCACUUUGAAGUAUAUUCAGGAUCGUAAAAAGUUAUUUUUGCAGAAGGUUAGGAAAUAAAAUUUUACUAGAUUUGCAAAAUAGUUAUAAAUUUAAAAAAAGAUUUUAUAUUUAAAUAUUAAAACUCUGAACAUUUGUAAAAAUAACAAAAAAAAUUAUUCUCAACCAUUUUUUUCUUCUGUGAAACGCUCCAAAAUUGCAAAUGAUGAAAAAUGAGACUUUUUUUAAGAACAUUUAAUUGAUUGUUAAUGAACUUUUUAAAAUGAAUUAGAAAAUUGUUCGGAUCGAAUUUUUUAUGAAAUCGAUUCAAAUUGUAAUUAAUCGCACAUAAUCAUAAUUAGUGCAACGCCAAUUGAGUGAAAUGAGCCAUUUAAACAAUUUUGUAAAAAUUUCAGCUGUAACUAUUUUUAUUAAUCAACAUUUUCUUAAUUAAUUUACUAAAAGUUUUAUUAAAAUUAUUAAAAAGUGUAAAUAAUUUAUGUACAAGUGAGUAAAUUAAGAAAAUGGGAGAUUAUUAAUAUGGGCUGAAAUUUCUACUCAUUUUUUAUUACUUUAUUACUUAAAUUAUAUUUUCAACUUAAUAUUUUUUAAUAUAGGAUUUGAUAUAAUUUUUUUAAGUCAUAAUAAUUUUGUUAACACAUUAUUUUCAUUUUACUUUUAAUUAUUUUAAAUUAAUGUUUAAUUUCUUUCUUUUAAUUAUUUAUUUAUAGGAAUAGAAAUAAUUAUUUUAAGUCUGCUCAAACAAGUCCAAUUUAUUAUUAUAUUGUCCGAAAGAUCUGAUGCCUUAAAAUCGAAAGGAUGAUAGAAUAUUAUAAUAA